AUGGAAGGAAAGGAGGGUUUAUAUCAUUUGUUGGUUGAGGAACAAAAGUGCUCCGUUAUUAUAAUUUGCUACAAAAGAUAUAAAGGAUACACACCAAAGUGGGAGAAAGUAUCCCACCCUGUUACGACCACGUUGACUAAAUGCGAAAAUGAUAUCAUUUCUGGAUAUACGGCACUUUCCUAUGUCUGGGGCGACGCACGAGUGACAAAAUCGAUAUACAUCGACAACAAAACAUUCGAGGUCACAGCUAACCUCGAUUCGGCUUUACGUCACCUACGUGAUUCCUCAAGGGGACAACUGUUAUGGGUGGAUGCAAUUUGCAUCGACCAAACCAAUGACAAUGAGAAAAGCAAACAAGUAGUUCAGAUUGGAAGAGUCUACCAGGUCGCACGGAACACAGUCAUUUAUCUCGGCGAGUCUACCGAAUCAUCAAAACUACUUCUCCAAGUAAUUCAACGUAGCCAUGAUCGGAGCCUGGACUUCCAAAAUUCGACAGCAAUGGACAAAUUAGCUGCGAUUUCCAAGAGCAUGGAUCUAGACAAGGUAAAGGAUUUGUUUUUGGACAUAUUGGAACGACCUUGGUUCACAAGAAUAUGGGUCCUUCAAGAAUUGAUCUUUUCAGCAAAUCCAUGGGUGCAGUGUGGGCAACUCCGUGUUAAGUGGAAACAGCUCUUCAAUGCAUUUGAAACAAUCUCAAUCUCAAUAUCAGGCUCUCGUCCCUCUAGGUUACAUGAGUCACUUGGUAGAUUUGUUGCAAUGAAUCAAAGACGAGACACCUUCAAGCUAACUAGAAAGCCGUCUGAUAUCCCAGUAAAGGAUAUUUUAGAACUCUUAACGGCAAGGAGAGGACUAGGGGUCUCCGAUCCGCGAGAUAUGCUAUUCGCGCACAAAGGGAUCUUACAAGGCUCUCCAGAUGUUGAAUAUUCUCAGAAUAUGGCACUAGUGGUUGAUUACUCCAGGAGUGUAAAGGACGUCUACACAAAUUUGGCACGCUACUGCAUUGAAACAUCUCCGGACGACAGAAAAUUAGAAGUGCUGUCACAUAUAGAAGGUGGCAAGGAGAUUUGGCAUAAGGAGAAAGAACUUGAUUUGCCAUCAUGGACACCUGACUGGACAUUGAGAGGAUAUCCCCGUCCUUACCGAUAUUUGCGAGAAAUGGUAUAUGUCGAGGGCGGGACUGGGUCGAGUGCUUGCCGUAGAAAACGAAAGGGUCAUUAUCAGUCUCUACAAUGUUGGUGGCUCAAAUCAUCCUUCGUAUGCUCUGGUUGGUCGGCGGGCACUAUUAGUAAAACUUCACGAGCUAUCACUCCGGUAAAAGCUGCCUGGAAGUUACAAAAGGAAGACUUUCUACUUUCAUUGCCACAAAAAGAUUCCAUUGAAGAGGUCUGGACUCGGGCUUUGACUGGAAUAUACAAUCGAUGGUGCAGUACCAUUGAACCGCUUUAUCAUGAUAUUGAUCUGUCGGAACAACCCCUUGAAGUCUUUUUAAGGCCUCGUUUACCACUUACCAUUAAGGAAAUUGCUUCGACUUUGUCUCUGGAUGACUUACACUCUUUUAAAGGGAGUGAAGACUUUCUUCGGAGCAGCAUCACCACCGCAAGCCGCCUCGCUUCCACAUUGAGUAUUAUUCUGUGGGCCCAUGCCGUGAUAGAAAAUGGUGAAAUAUCCAAGACGAUCUUUUCCGAGGUUCUUUACAACAGAAAGUUUGCCACUCUUGAAGAUGGGACUCUAACUCUAGUGCCAGCAGCAGCUAGAAAAGGAGAUGUUAUUUGCUUUCUAGCAGCUGAUCUGACCACCCCCUUUCUUCUUCGACCAAAGCGUGUGCGGUUUGCUGAUUUGGAGAAGGAAAAUAAAAAACAUCUCUCGGGAGUUUCAGAAACAUCCUACUAUACAUAUUCAGACUACAACCGUCUCAAACUCCUCAUUGGCAAUGAAGCCAAAUGUUCAUGUCGAAGAGUUGUCUUCGAAGCUAGAAUAACAAAUGGCGACAACAUGGUCGUAGUGAGCGUAGAUAACACCGCUACAAUAGCAUGA